UUGCUGCAGCAGUAUAAACAGGCUAUAAGCACGCAGACUCCCCCUCUGCCUGUCUGUCUUUCUGUCUCUCUCUCAUCCUCUCCUGCGGUGGUGACGCUGCUGUGGUUGGUGUUGGUGUCUCCGGCUCAUGGCAGACCAGGCCUUUGUCACUCUUGCCACCAAUGAUAACUACGCUAAAGGAGCCAUGGUUCUGGCUCGGUCCCUGAGGAACCAUGGCACGAGCCGCAAACUCGCUGCUCUGAUCGGGCCGCAUGUUUCAGAACCAUCCAGAGCGGUGCUCCGUAAACUGUACGAUGAGGUCCGGCUGGUGGACGUGAUGGACAGUGGAGAUAAAGCUCACCUGGCUCUGAUGAAGCGUCCUGACCUUGGGGUCACCUUCACCAAACUGCACUGCUGGACCCUCACGCACUACAGCAAGUGUGUGUUCAUGGAUGCAGACGCGCUGGUUGUGUGUAAUGUAGAUGACCUGUUUGAGCGUGAAGAGUUGUCGGCGGCUCCUGACCCCGGGUGGCCCGACUGCUUUAACUCUGGCGUGUUUGUGUUCCGGCCGUCCGUCGAAACGUACGAAAAACUCCUGACGUUCUGCACAGAGAACGGCAGCUUCGAUGGUGGGGAUCAGGGGGUCCUGAACAGUUUCUUCAGCGACUGGGCCACAGCAGACAUCUCCAAACACCUUCCCUUCAUCUACAACCUCAGCAGCAUCGCCAUCUACACCUACCUCCCCGCCUUCAGACAGUAUGGCCACAACGCGAAGGUGGUCCACUUCCUGGGUAAAGUGAAGCCGUGGGAUUACGUGUAUGACCCCCGCAGCAGGUCACUGAAGGGUCAGACGGUGGACCCGGCCCUGCAGCCCAACUACCUGCUGCAGUGGUGGGAGUUAUUCUCCUCGUCUGUGGCUCCGCUGAUGAAGGAGGAGUACGGAGAUCAGCCCUUCCACUCGGGACUGUCUGAGAACGGUUUCCAUGGUGGAGCGUCUCAGGCGGACAGUGGUCCUUCUCCUCCUCCCCCUCCUCCUCCUCCUCAGAUGUCCUCUCAGGAGCGGAAGCAGAAGUGGGAGCAGGGUCAGGCUGAUUACAUGGGACUGGACGCUUUCUCGAACAUCGAGAGGAAACUCGACUCCUUCCUGAAGUGAAGAACUCCAGAACGUGCCACCGUUAGUUUUAUACCGGCUUCCAUUAAAGCAUGAAAACACA